GCUCUCCAGGGAAUCCUGCUGCUCUGGUUGUGGCCAUGGGAAAGAGAGUGGCUGUCGUGCUGGCUGGCUGUGGGGUGUACGAUGGGAGUGAGAUCCAUGAGUCUUCUGCUGUGCUGGUGCAUCUCAGCAGGGAGGGGGCACAGGCAGAGGUUUAUGCUCCUGAUGUGGCCCAGAUGCAUGUGGUGGACCACAUGAAGGGACAGCCAACGACAGAGAAGCGCAAUGUGCUGGUUGAAAGUGCCAGGAUAGCCAGAGGGAACAUCAAGGAUCUGGCUAAGCUGGAUGUCAAGGAGCUGGAUGCCCUGAUCAUUCCAGGUGGCUUUGGAGUGGCUAAAAACCUGAGCACGUGGGCUACCCAAGGCAAGAACUGCACCAUCUCCAAGGAGGUGGAGGAUGUCCUGAGAGCAUUCCAUGCUGCCCAGAAGCCCAUUGGGCUGUGCUGCAUCUCCCCAGUGCUGGCAGCCAAGAUCUUCCCCGGCUGUGAGCUGACUGUGGGGCAUGACACCGAGUGUGAGAAAUGGCCUUAUGCAAAGACUGCUGAGACCAUGAGGGAACUUGGCUGCAAGCACGUGAACAAACACGUCACCGAAAUUCACGUGGACACCAAGAACAAGCUGGUGACCACCAGUGCCUUCAUGUGUAAUGCUCCCAUCCAUGAGAUCUAUGAUGGCAUUGGAAAAAUGGUCAAAGAAGUGGUCAGGCUUGCCUGAAUGCCAUGGAGGCACAGAAU